AUGUUGGCCGGUCGGCUUAGAUACAACCUAGGUUGCCGAGCAAUAGCUCGGCCCAGACGAUUGCAAUUCGGGCAAUCCCGAACAUACGCAUUGGAGACGAGGGAGGAGCGGCAGAUACUAGCGUCGAUCGAGGGCGGACUGAAGAGCGGGCCGGCGGAGCCGAUGCCGGAAGAUGCGAAGGGCCAGGCGAUCUCGGCGUUCCGGCGGAUCGGGCUAGUCCUCCGGGCGGUCGUGUACGGCGGUCUGGGUCUGGGCGUGGCGGGGACGCUGGGCUUCUUUGGUCUGCAUCUAUGGGUCGAGCAUCUCGAGCUCGCCCCGGGCCGCCACGAUGAUGGACGAGCAAGCACCGUGGGCCGCCAGGACGACGACUACGGCUGGGAGGAGCAGAGCGAGGGCUGGGGCGGCGGCCAUCUCGUCAAGGGCACCGACCCCUCCCUCGGCUGGUCCAUCCGCGCACUCAUCCGCGCCGCUUGGGUCGCCCAGAACUGGCAGUCCGGACAGCAAGCCGUCGCCGCCGACCAGCUCCCGGAAGGCCGGCUCGUCGACGCGGCCUACGCUCUCUCCGAAUCCCGUCUCCAGCAGGCAAUCCUCAUGGCUAAGCAGGCCGGCUUCAAACUCGAGGACCGCACCCUCGUCGAGCUCCAACUGCGGCUGGCACACAUCUGCGAACGCAUCAAUACCCCACCGAGCUUGAUGAAGGCCUACGAGAUCUACUCCCAACUCUGGAAAUCAUGCGUGGAUUUGAGCGCGCGAUUCGACCCUAGUGUGGACUCGAGAGACUGGGAAGCCCGGCAAGCGAUCCGGAUCGCCGACCAGCUCGGACAGCUCGGACUGAAGAUCGCCGCCCUGGAACGACAGGCGGAGGGCUCUCGGGCCGAAUUUUAUCAGCAAGCUGCCGAAAACUAUUUGGUCUGGGCGAUCAGUCGCGGGUUGGGAAUCGGCUCAAGCCUCGACCACUCUGCAGACCUACAAUCUACGAGCGCUCAGUCCAAAGCCCCGAAAGGAUCGACAUGGUCAACGUUUUUCGGCCAGCAUGCGCGAGAGCCUGCGGGCCAGAAUGAUUUCUGUGCAGCCAACAGCGCCGUGGAAGCCCAUCUGGCCCCGAUCACAGACCGACUAAGCCUGUUAUCGGGCCUCCCAAUGCCGUCCGAGCCCGCGUUCAAGCCCGGUCAACUGCGUCUGACGAUCUCGUCGCUGAUGAAUCUCGCUGUCCAUCUGGUCUCCGUGGACAUGCAGAAAGCGUUUGCGAUCCAGGACCUCAUCCACCGCUUCGUCAGCGCGGCCGUCGAAGAGGCCCGGGAGAGCCUGAGGGACGGGUCCGCGGAUGCGAAGCUUCACUACCAUUGGCUGAGCAGUCGGGCGGCUCUGUCGGCGGUGUAUCUCUCCGAAAUCGGACAAGCGAUCAAGCAAAUGCCGGACCAAGAGAUCAUCGACCGAUGCCGGAAGGCGCUCGAAAUCGCCGACUCCACUAUCGCUAGUCUCGAGACCGAAGCCGGCUCGAAUGCGGUCUUUCAGCCGGGAAUCACCCGCUCGUUGUCCGGGCGAUUAUCAGAGCAGCUCGAAAGCUUGAAGCGGGACGUGCGGUUAACAGGUGCGAUGGGCGCGACGUUCCUGGGCCUGAAGUACGAGACAUGCCCCUCGAGAGCCGCUCUCGCCCAAUCCCCGCGUCUCCACACGGCCUUCAACUGGUGCUAUCGAGCCCAGCCUGACGCGCACAACGGCUGUCAACUAGCCAGACUGUUCUUCCAACGCGCCGUCGAUUAUUCACUCGGAACCUCGGGUGAUCAGUCUCGUCAUAAACAGCCUCUCGUCUUGCUCAAUCCAUUAAAUGAAAAUCUUAGACACCUCUCCCGGAUUGAUGAUCUAUCCAAAAAUACAUGA